GCUGCUUUGGCUCGAACUGGCCAAUGGCAGGGCGCGGCCGCGGGAAAUUUAAAUGCCGCGUGGGGCGGGCGUGGGCAGUGGCAGCGUGCGGCAGCAGCGGAGCGACCGGCGGCGUCUCCGGCCGAGGCUUGUUUUUAUCUGUCCCGCUCGAAAAUCUAACAAGCAAGAUGUCUACUAAUGAGAAUGCCAACACACCAUCAGCUCGAUUGAACAGGUUCAAGAACAAAGGAAAGGACAGCACAGAGAUGAGAAGGCGGCGCAUCGAAGUCAAUGUGGAGCUGAGGAAAGCUAAGAAAGAUGACCAGAUGCUGAAAAGAAGAAAUGUGAGCACUUUACCAGACGAUGCUACUUCUCCCCUUCAGGAAAACAGAGGCAACCAGCCCUUGCCAGGCUCUUGGGAUGGUUCUACCUACAGAGACCUGGUUAUUAAAUAUGGUGCAAUUGAGCCACUGCUGAGUCUCCUUGCUGUUCCUGACCUCUCUUCCCUGGCUUCUGGAUAUUUACGCAAUGUUACGUGGACCCUCUCAAACCUGUGUCGCAAUAAGAAUCCUGCACCUCCCAUAGAAGCCAUCCAGCAGAUCCUUCCAACUCUUGUCCGGCUCCUGCACCACGAUGACCCUGAGGUGUUGGCAGACACAUGCUGGGCAAUUUCCUACCUCACAGAUGGUUCCAAUGACAGGAUAGAAGUUGUUGUGAAAACUGGAUUGGUGCCACAACUUGUGAGACUCCUGGGAUGUAGUGAACUGCCAAUAAUGACUCCUUCACUAAGAGCCAUAGGAAAUAUUGUCACUGGUACUGAUGAGCAGACACAGGUUGUUAUUGACUCAGGAGCACUGGCUGUCUUCCCAAGUCUCCUUUCUCAUCAUAAAAACAACAUUCAGAAAGAAGCAGCCUGGACGAUGUCCAACAUCACUGCUGGGCGUCAGGAUCAGAUCCAGCGAGUUGUAGACCACGGUCUCGUGCCUUAUCUCAUUGGUGUUCUGAGGAAGGGGGAUUUCAAGUCUCAGAAGGAAGCUGUGUGGGCUGUGACAAACUACACAAGCGGUGGAACAAUUGACCAGAUCGUGUACCUUGUUCAGGCUGGUGUUCUUGAACCCCUACUGAAUCUUCUCUCAACUAAAGACAGCAAAACUGUGCUUGUUAUCCUGGAUGCAGUUUCCAACAUCUUCUUGGCUGCUGAGAAGAUAAAUGAGACUGAAAAGCUUUGCCUCAUGAUUGAGGAGUGUGGGGGUCUAGACAGAAUUGAAGCUCUCCAGUCACAUGAAAAUGAACAAGUGUACAGGGCCUCAUCCUCCAUCAUUGAGAAAUAUUUCUCAGCAGAAGAAGAGGAAGACCAAAAUGUUGUACCAGACUCUACUGCUGACAGCUACACUUUCCAAAUCCAGGACAGUACCCCAAAUUCUUUCAACUUCUAGGUCUUGCAUAUACUGCAACCACCUAUGAGUGGUUUAGCACACAAAUGACUGCCACCUCUUUGUCUUAAUAGUUCCUCUUGCCUUUACUGGUUUUUCUGUGUCCUGUAGCACUUUGUCCAACUGAAACAUACUUGAACAGUUCAAACUCUACAUGUAUCUGUGAAUUUUUAAAUGUAAACCUCAUUCUUUGAGAUACACUUGUAAAUACUUCCUGUUUCUGUCCUUGUUCUGGGGAAAGAGCAUGUGAGCAAUUCAGGCCUCACACAAAGCAUUGAGCCACUGCUCUGCAGGCCUCCCCAUAGCCUCUUACCUUCUACAUGACCUGUUGCAGUAAUAAAUACACUGAACAGGCUUUUAAGGAAGACUUACUUGAAGUUCAAUAAAGUAUUGUCAGUACAUCAAA